AUGGAUUCUCCGUUUUACAAAAGCUACUGGAAUAUGCCUUCUCGCCCUCACCAGGUACCGACUGUCAGAGAAAUACCGGUCCACUACGUCGGUUCGGAGCAGCCUGUGGAUAGAUCCGUUAUGGCCGUGAGGAUCGAGAAGGCGUUCAGAGGUUUCCUCGUCAGAAAAAGCGUGAAGAAGAUCGUGGAGAUUAGAAGGCAAGUCGAGGAGAUCGAGAAGCUGAUAUCAGACAAAGAGACCGUCGAUUUGAUUAAAAGAGACGGAAAGGAGCGAUUGAGAAUUAAUGAGAUGUUGAUGAGUUUGCUCUUUAAGUUGGAUUCGGUGAGGGGCGUUGAUUCGGGAGUUAGGGAUUUUAGAAAAGCGGUUAUUAAGAAAGCGAUAUCGUUGCAAGAAACCAUUGACGCUAUUGUUUCUGGUAAUGCCGACGUGGAAUUUGAUCAGGCUGAAAAGAUUAUCGAAGCUAUUAAUGAGACGGUCAUGGAAUGUGCAGAAGAUGGUGAAAAUCGUGAUGGUUCAGCGAAAGACAAUGCUGAACCUGAACAAGUGGGUGAUAAAGAAAUUAAAGAAGUUGUCGACAAUCAAAGAGAUGACGUAGGCGAAGAGAUUGUUGAAAACUGUGAAUUGAAGGCUUGGAUGACUGAAUGUUUAGAAGAAAGUGUAGGAACGAAUCAGACCGAGUCAGUGUCUGAUUCCUCUGCUAAUCCUCAGAAUUCGAUUGAAUCGUGUGAGGAAGAUGUUAAUUCAUCGUCAAAGGACGAAAUUGACGCCGUUGAAACACAUCAAGCAGAAGUUAAGGAAGUGAGUGGCAAAGAAUAUAGAGCAGGAGAGGAGAAUUCGAAGAACAGAGAGCUGUUGGAGAAGAUGAUAGAGGACAAUGAGAAGAUGAUGGAUAUGAUGGCGAAGUUAUUCGAGAGGAAUGAAAUGCAGACGAAGUUGUUGAGCUCGUUAUCACAUAGGGUUGAGCAGCUGGAGAAGGCCUUUGUGUGUGAGAGGUUGAGGAGGAAGAAGAAGAGAAAUUCUGGGACGGUUGAUAGCUGCGAAACGAUACCGGAUAACAAAAAAUGCGGCAAGAGAUCGUGA